UUCUCAAAAAACUUUUUAGGGUAAAACAGGGAAUGAUAAUAGCCAAUGACAUGAUCAGCUGGCCUAUAGUUGAAGUGUGAAUACCAAGUUAUUUGACUGUAGCCUAUUGUAAAAUUAUAAGAUGGAGUUUAUUGUUGAAGUAGGAAGAAGGAAGUAGGAGAAGAAGGAAUGGCUAUCUAUUAAGAAUAAAGUGCGACUGUGCUGAUGGGUAACAUGCAGAAUAAAAGUAUUAGGCUACCGUGUAACGUUACACUUAUUGUACAAACAACUACAGUCAUGUGACUGUAGUUAUUUAUUUACGAAUGUAGCUGACGUGACAUCAAACCUAACUUAAAGUUACUUGGAUCCUGGUUGGGGGAUUCAGGUUAUCUCGGCCUCUACCUGCUGGAUAAGUUCGGUACCACAUCACCACACGGCGCCAUAUUAGACAGACAUUGUACUGCUGCGGAAUACGGACCAAGCCAAGCCAAGGAAAGGGAACGGUACUCCAGAUGACAAGGGUACACAGGCCGCAGUAGUCUAUUCGCAAAACACUCGAGGUAACUGCUAUAUGGUUGACAACGAGUAAUUGAGACAAGCAUCUCGGGCAGCGUAGUCCGAGGCGUGUUGUUUUCGUUGUUGUUUAGCUAGCUAAGUUGCCGGGCAGACAUGACUUCCUUGGUUCAGCGGAGCUCGGGCCUCGUGCAGAGGCGGACCGAAGCCUCGCGCAACGCCGCUGACAAAGACCGUCCGUCCGGCGAGGAGGACCAUGAGCCCCGACGGGGAGACGAGCAGGACGAGGACGAUACCGGAGACUCCAAAGAAACACGUCUCACCUUGAUGGAAGAAGUGCUGUUGUUAGGACUGAAGGACCGAGAGGGCUACACCUCGUUCUGGAAUGACUGCAUUUCAUCGGGGCUGCGAGGCUGCAUGCUGAUAGAACUGGCUCUACGAGGACGGCUUCAGCUAGAGGCUUGUGGCAUGCGGAGGAAAGGUCUGCUGGCCAGAAAGGUGAUUUGUAAGUCGGACGCUCCAACAGGUGACGUGCUCCUGGAUGAGGCCCUAAAACACAUCAAAGACACCCAGCCGCCGGAGAGCGUGCAGAGCUGGAUCGAACUGCUCAGCGGAGAGACGUGGAACCCCCUGAAGCUCCAUUACCAGCUGCGGAACGUCCGCGAACGGCUGGCCAAAAACCUUGUGGAGAAAGGCGUCCUCACCACCGAGAAGCAGAACUUCCUGCUUUUUGACAUGACCACGCAUCCUCUCACCAACAACAACAUCAAGCAGCGCCUCAUCAAGAGGGUGCAGGAGGCCGUGCUGGACAAGUGGGUGAACGACCCCCAGCGUAUGGACAAGCGUCUGCUGGCGCUCAUCUUCCUGGCCCACUCCUCGGACGUCCUGGAGAACGCCUUCGCCCCGCUGCUGGAUGACCAGUACGACCUGGCCAUGAAGAGAGUGCGGCAGCUGCUGGAACUGGAGCCCGAGGGGGAGAGCCUGAAGGCCAACGCCAACGAGCUGCUAUGGGCCGUGGUGGCCGCCUUCACCAAAUAAAGCCGCCACAGCGGGGACAGCGAGCAGUCGUGGCAUUCAAGUGGCAUUGUGCUCUGGGGCAGGAAUCCGUAGUACUGACCCCAACGUGGUGACUUGACUGAAUUCCAGUUCACCCCCCCUGCCUGGACUUUUGGAAUGGGCUGCCCUUUUUUCUUCUCAUCCCUCUCGUUGUUUUCUUUUCCUUCCAGAUAACUCCCCUCCCCCCAUGUGUCGUUUGUGUUCACUUUUGCUAAAAAAAAAAAAAAAACUCAUGGAACUUGGAAUCAAGUAGUUGGGGAUGAUAUGGGUGAGGCCAAAUGACGACGUUGGUUCAUAUCCUCUUUUAUUUUCUAUCGGGUAUAUCUUUCUGUGGAACUGUUUUCUUAGAGGUAUGGUAUGUACGGCACAGGUUACUCAAGGUAGCAUCCUGACACGCCCGAGAAUAAAAUAACCAAUUGCGAUGUACAUGUACGGAUCCAUGUACAGGGCAGUGAUGCCGUAUAGGAAUGAAAGGUAAACUGAUGCUCAUGUCAAGUCUCUUCAAGUCCAAGGAUCCCAUUUACCACGUGUGAUUCAAGUGUAUGGUGUCACAGCAUUCUUUGACUUUAAAAUCAAGUACUGGUAAACUAAUGCUAUCAGAUCUGAAAGUCUGAGUCGAUUGAUGCCUCUUAAUCCAUCCAUUACACAUAUUAUAUAUACUUGCUUAUCCUGUGCAGGGAUGCCAGGGGGCUGGAGACUCUCCCAGCUCUCACUGGCCAGGGGAGGGGGGAGGCUGUACACCCUGGACACAUCGCCAGUAUAUCACAGGCCUGACACAGAGACAGACGGCCAUUCAGUUUCCAGUUCACCUGACCUGCAUGUCUUUGGACUGUGCAAGGAAAGCACAUGCAGGCACUUGCGGGGGGGGGGGGGG